GAAUCUCCUUGUUUACAGAUAUCGACAAUGAUCCGAACCGAGCGCCCCCUUGUGACCCAACCGUUUGCAAUCUACCCGACUGUUUCUGCUCAGAAGACGGUACCACCAUCCCUGGGGAUCUGCCUGCUAAGGACGUGCCCCAGAUGAUCACCAUCACGUUUGAUGAUGCGAUCAACAACAACAACAUCGAACUCUACAAGGAGAUUUUCAAUGGAAAACGCAAGAAUCCCAAUGGAUGCGACAUUAAGGCCACCUAUUUCGUCUCGCACAAAUACACCAACUAUUCCGCCGUGCAAGAGAUGCAUCGCAAAGGUCACGAAAUUGCCGUUCACUCCAUUACGCACAAUGAUGAUGAGCAUUUCUGGUCCAAUGCCAGCGUGAAUGACUGGGUGAAGGAAAUGGGCGGGCAGCGAAUAAUCACCGAAAAAUACGCGAACAUCACCGAUAACAGCGUGGUGGGAGUGCGGGCGCCCUACUUGAGAGUAGGCGGCAACAACCAGUUCACCAUGAUGGAGGAGGAGGCCUUCCUGUACGACUCCACCAUCACCGCCCCAUUGAACAACCCGCCCCUGUGGCCCUACACCAUGUACUUCCGGAUGCCCCAUCGAUGCCACGGAAAUUUGCAAAGCUGCCCCACUCGAUCCCACGCCGUGUGGGAAAUGGUUCUGAACGAGCUGGACCGCAGGGAAGAUCCCACCAAUGACGAGUAUCUGCCCGGAUGUGCCAUGGUCGAUUCCUGCUCGAACAUCCUGACUGGGGACCAAUUCUACAACUUCCUGAACCACAACUUCGACCGCCACUACGAAGAGAACCGCGCCCCACUCGGCCUCUACUUCCACGCCGCCUGGUUGAAGAACAACCCGGAGUUCCUGGACGCUUUCCUCUACUGGGUGGACGAAAUCCUGGCCAACCGCAACGACGUCUACUUCGUCACCAUGACGCAAGUGAUCCAAUGGAUCCAGAACCCGAGGACCGUGACCGAGGCGAAGAACUUCGAGCCCUGGAGGGAGAAGUGCGUCGUUGAAGGCCCUCCAGCCUGUUGGGUGCCCCACAGCUGCAAGCUCACCUCCAAGGAGGUGCCCGGGGAGACCAUCAAUCUGCAGACUUGCGUCAGAUGUCCGAAUAACUACCCAUGGUUGAGCGAUCCCACUGGAGACGGUAUUUUCUAAGUCAAUCCUAUCCUCUAAGUGCAAGAACAAUGAAAGUGGUAUCAAAUCGAGCGCCGAUAAUCGAAGGCAAAGUGAUCUUAUUUUAUAUUUAUUAUGUCAAUGAUGACUGCAUGCGUGAUCGAAUUGUUGUUGUAUUUUUGUAAUAAAUUAUCCUCGAAUAAGCUUAGACUGUUAAUCCAUUGUCGGUGGUAAUCGGUAAGUCUACGUCGUUGCGACUUUCACGACGGCCAUUAUGUAACAUAUCUAUCUAUAUAUAUAUAUAUACAUAUAUACCUACACACACGAACUUAAAUAUGUAUUUAUAUAGAAAUAUAAUUAAUCAAAUUUCGGCGUACGCCUGUAGAGUGCUGUGUAGAAAAAACCCUUUUGUGAACGCAUUCCGAAUUCCAAUUGUUUUUAUAUGAUGGUAAUAAAGAUUGUUUAAUAAGUAAA